CCUACCGUUAGCAUAUAGUGCGCGGUUCUUGUUCUUCCGGACACGUUAUUGUUGCAUCAGCAUCCAACCAUCCAGCACUGUGGAUAUGUCGACCUCAGGAGAGCCAGCCUUUGAGUAUGGCCCCUUGCUACAGAUAAAUGAGGAGGCCGCGCUGGCAGCGGCCCUGAAUGACUACCUCACCUCACGCAGCUACCUGGCGGGGUUCUGCCCCUCCCAGGCCGACCAGAAAGCCUUUAAUCUCCUCCACAGGCCCCCAGACCCGCACCAUGUCCACGCUCUGCGCUGGUACAGACACAUAGCAGCCCUGCAGCUGGACCUCCUUCCUGAGAGCAGCACGAAAGGAAAGCGGGUUCAGCCCCCUUGGUCUCCACCAGCAGGAACACAUGUCCCCCAUCUGAGGCUCUACAACAGCCUGACCAGAGCAAAGGAGCCGUUUGUCCCCCAGCGCGGGAACAAGGUCACAUGGUACAGCUGCGGGCCAACAGUGUACGAUGCCUCACACAUGGGACACGCCAGAUCCUACAUAUCAUUUGAUAUUCUGCGAAGGAUACUGAAGGACUACUUUAAGUACGACGUCCUCUACUGCAUGAACAUCACAGACAUAGAUGACAAAAUCAUUAAGAGGGCCCGGCAGAACCACCUGCUGGAGCAGUACAUGGAGAAGCAGCCGCACGCCGCUCAGAUCCUGCAGGACGUCCUGAGCGCCAGAGGGCCCUUUCAGGCUAACUUGGCUCUGACCACAGACCCCGAUAAGAAGCAGAUGCUGGAGAGGCUGGACGCUGCUGUCGCGGCCGCUCUGCAGCCCCUGCAGGCGGCCAUGGAGGGCAAAGCAGCCCAGGAGGUCGUACAGCCCCUGGCAGAGGUGCUGCUGCAGAACUCCAAGGACUUGCUCUCUGAUUGGCUGGAUACGCAGUUUGGAAGUCAAGUCACAGAGAAUUCCAUCUUCUCCAUUCUGCCUAACUAUUGGGAGGGAGAUUACCAUAAAGACAUGGAAGCCCUGAACGUUCUUCCUCCAGACGUUCUGACUCGAGUCAGUGAAUACGUGCCUGAGAUCGUGGACUUUGUGAAAAAGGUGGUCUCAAACGGUUACGGGUAUGAAUCGAACGGUUCUGUGUACUUUAACACCUCCAAGUUUGAUGGCUGUCCGCACCACUCGUAUGCAAAACUGGUGCCAGAGGCUGUCGGAGAUCAGAAAGCUUUGCAGGAGGGAGAAGGUGACCUGAGCAUCUCUGCUGACAGAUUAGGGGAGAAAAAGUCCCAGAACGACUUUGCCUUGUGGAAGGCCUCCAAGCCCGGAGAGCCUUCAUGGGACUCUCCAUGGGGGAAGGGAAGGCCCGGCUGGCAUAUUGAAUGUUCGGCCAUGGCUGGCUCCAUCCUGGGAGAGUCCAUGGACAUCCACGGUGGGGGGUUUGAUCUUCGAUUCCCCCACCACGACAACGAGUUGGCUCAGUCCGAGGCUUUCUUUGAGAAUGAUCACUGGGUCAGAUACUUCCUGCACACUGGACACCUGACGAUCGCAGGCUGCAAGAUGUCAAAGUCUCUGAAGAACUUCAUCACUAUUAAAGACGCCCUGGCAAAGAACACAGCCCGUCAGCUCCGUCUGGCUUUCUUGAUGCAUUCCUGGAAAGACACCCUGGACUACUCAUCCAACACCAUGGAGUCAGCCGUGCAGUACGAGAAGUUCAUGAAUGAGUUCUUCCUGACUGUGAAAGACAUCAUGCGCGCUCCUACUGAUAUCACCGGGCGAUUUGAGAAGUGGGAGGCAGCAGAGGUGGAGCUCAACAACAGUUUCUACGACAGGAAGUCUGCCGUCCAUGAGGCUCUGUGUGACAACAUGGACACGCGCACCGCCAUGGAGGAGAUGAGAGUGCUGGUCGGCCAGAGCAACAGCUACAUCGCCAGCAGGAAGAGCGCCACGCUGAGGCCCAACCGCAUGCUGAUGGAGAGCAUCGCUGCCUACCUCACCAGCAUACUGAAGGUAUUCGGUGCCAUCGAAGGAUCAGAGCCCAUCGGUUUCCCAGUGGGACAAAGUCAGAACGUUGGUCUGGAGACCACAGUGAUGCCGUACCUCUCAGUGUUGUCAAACUUCAGAGAGGAAGUCCGUAAAAUAGCAAGAGACAAGAAAGUGAUGGAGUUGCUACAACUGUGUGAUGUUGUCCGAGACGAUACGUUACCGGAGCUGGGGGUCCGUCUGGAGGAUCAUGAAGGUCUGCCCACAGUGGUGAAACUGGUGGACAAGGAGACCUUGCUGAAGGAGCGAGAGGAGAAGAAACAGGUGGAAGAAGAGAAGAAAAGGAAGAAGGAAGAAGCUGCAAAGAAGAAACAGGAACAAGAGAUGGCUAAACUGGCGAAGAUGAAGGUCCCUCCAUGUGAAAUGUUUCGCUCAGAAACCGACAAGUAUUCAAAAUUCGAUGAAACGGGUUUCCCCACUCACGAUGUAGAAGGGAAGGAGCUGAGCAAAGGACAAGCCAAGAAGCUGCGAAAGUUCUUCGACGCUCAGGAGAAAUUACACAACGAUUAUCUUCAGAUGAACCAAAAUGGCAACUGAUAAUGUUUACAUACUGCCCAAGACAUCCAGGCUAAAGAAAACCUAGAGAAUAAAUGUUUAGGGUCAUCUUUUCUCUACUCUCCAUCUGUUUUGGAUCAGAAAACAAAUACGGUUUUUCAUUUGCAGCACUUCAUUACCAAAGUCCAUGUAUAGCUUUUCAAAAUAAAAGGGGGAAAAGAAGAGCAUUCGAGGAGACAGAGGUCCUUUAUACAUAGAUUAUGUUUUUGAUUGAAACUCUGUAACACUGCCAGUCGUUUGAAGGAUUAAAUAGAUUGUUAGCUGUAUGAUUUAACUUUGAAUUUCGAAAUGAACUACAAAUUAAUGGAUGUAGGAAAUUGGGAUACAUCUACACUAUGUAAAGAUGGACGAAGAAAACAUGAAUUUCCAAGUUUCUGGACUCUACUGGAGUGUUGAACAUCAUUCUUUCAAUUUGUGCUUAGAUUUCCAUAGAUGUACCUAGGAUACUUGAUGUAUUUUAAAAAUUAACUUCAAUUGCAUUUGGGGCAUUCCUUGUUUCAGUUACAUAUUCUCUGAGUUUACUGCAUUUGUACAGUCUUAAAGGAUACAAUUGUUGUGUUCUAUACUUGUUUUGUGUCAAUAAUUCCCAUGAAAAGACCUAAAAUAACAACAUGUUUGCCUAUCUUUCCAUACUUUACCGACUGGAAAUGUAAAUCAUUCAAAAACAUAUAGUUUUCUUUCCUAAAAAUGUUUCCUAAAAUAACUCGAACAAAAGGAAAUUGUGCAUUUGUUAGGGACUAUUUUAUUAGCGGUGGAUAAAUUGACAUACAAGGUAGCGCUGUGCCACAGGGCAAUAACACAGUAGAUAUUUUCCUAUUUGAAGGAUCAAUUUAUUGUUGGUCUUUUCAUGUGCUUUGUUGACAAAUAGAGAAAUAUAGAAUAUCAACAGACUUAUCAGCAACCUAUUUCUCAUCAUUCUGGAAAGAUACAGCUUCUCACACCCUCUUAGUGUGAUCUCUCAUGGCUUGAGUGACACCCCACAAAGAGGAGCUUUUUAUUAUUCAACCGUCCAUUAGGGUCAUGCAUUGUUGUACUGUUUGUGUAUUGCAAUUCCAUGGUUGUGUGAAUGAACAAAUAAAGAGGCAGAGAGCGCUA